AUGACAGAAAGGCUUCUCACCACCAUCGGCCGCGCAGGCGUCCUGCUCGGCUCCGCAGGCUUCGUUGCGUCUUCUUGCCUCUAUGACGUCGACGGCGGGCAGCGUGCGGUGAUGUUCAACCGCUUCGGAGGCGUGGCGAAGAAGCCGAUCGGAGAGGGCAUGCAUUUGUAUUUCCCGUGGUUCCAAGUGCCGUUCCUCUACGACGUGCGCAUCCGCCCGAAAGUCAUCAACACGACGACGGGGACGCGCGACUUGCAGAUGGUCUCUGUGGGGUUGCGGCUGCUCUACCGCCCGAUGGAAGAUCGCCUGCCGAUCAUUCACCAGACUCUCGGUCCGGACUACGACGAGCGCGUGCUGCCAUCCAUUGGAAACGAAGUGUUAAAGGCGGUCGUCGCGCGCUACGACGCGGAGAGUCUCUUGACGCAGCGGGACAAAGUUUCCCACGACAUCCGCGACGCCAUCACGAACCGUGCACGCCAGUUCGACCUCGUUCUCGACGACGUGGCCAUCACGCACCUGAGCUACGGCAAGGAGUUUUCCAAGGCCAUUGAGGAGAAGCAGGUGGCCCAGCAAGAGAGCGAGAGAACGAAAUUCAUCGUCGCGAGGACAGAGCAGGAGAAGAAGGCAGCGGUUGUGCGCGCCGAGGGAGAGGCCGAGGCAGCGACGCUCAUUUCCGAGGCCAUCAAGCAGCACGGCACAGGUCUGAUUGAAGUUCGCCGCCUGGACGCAGCGAAGGAAAUCGCAGACACCAUGGCCAAGAGCCGCAACGUCAUGUAUUUGCCUUCCGGUGUCAACAUGCUCUUGUCGCAGCAGUAA